UUUUACAAAAUUUCACUCCCCUUUAUCCACACGUAAUAUGAAUAACACUGCGCUUACUAGUACGUCCAUCGGCCAAGGCUUCGAAAAGCCUUUAUGUACACUGUCGAAACUUACUGAACGGACUUUCACGUAGGUUUCUACUGUAAGUCGAUUCAUGAGGAAGAUUUCGGUUAGGUUUACCUAAUAAGUAUUACAUAAUUAGAUUAAUUUGGCACUGAGCUGUAGAACGCGUGUUUACGAGGUUUUAUUAUUUAAAACAAAAAAAUCACUUUCCAAAGUCCGCUUCCGCGCUCUCAAUGUUAAACCGCAAGAUUGACUGACUUGUUGAAGUUUUUGUUUUCCUACGGUGCCAGUCUAGGCUGGCUGUUUAAUCUACUUUUCUUCGUCAUACGAGUAAGAGCCGAUAAAUGGCCCACAGCUGGACAAGAGCCCUUUGUAGGAACUUUCAAACAACGGACCUGAGACGCCUGUAACCAGUGGUUAUAUGCAACACAUUUAAUGUCAUCAGUCCAUUCAAUGUCUCGGUUAAGCAUUGUGAUAUUCGGCGCGACGGGCUUCACAGGCAAGCAUGCAGUAGCGGAACUUGCGCGCUUGAGCAAGGCCGACAGCGGCCUCACGUGGGGCGUGGCCGGCAGAGCACGGAGCAAGCUGCAGAACGUUCUAGAUGAAGCCGCGGAAACCACUGGUAUCGAUUUGUCUUCCGUAAAGAUCAUAGUAGCGGACGUGUCGGACGAGAAGUCGCUGCAGGAGAUGUGCGCGCAGACGCGCGUGCUGGUGAACUGCUGCGGACCGUACCGCCACUACGGCGAGCCGGUGGUGCGGGCCGCCAUCGACGCCAAGGCGCACUACGUGGACGUCAGCGGGGAGCCGCAGUUCAUCGAGACGAUGCAGCUGGAGUACGGUGCGCAGGCGCGCGACGCGGGCGUGUACGUGGUGAGCGCGUGCGGCUUCGACAGCAUCCCCAACGACUUGGGCGUCAUCUUCCUGCAGCAGAACUUCGGAGGCACUUUGAACUCGGUGGAGUCGUACAUGUCGUGCCACGUGCCGUUCAACAUCGGCUCUAGUGCCGUCAACUACGGCACCUGGGAGUCUGUCGUCUACGGUCUGGCACAAUACGGUGACCGCUUCGAUCUGAGGAAGAAGAUGUAUCCCGAGAGGCUGCCCACCUUCAAGCCCAAGUUGAAGCACAGGUUUAUAAUUCACGCACGUAAGGACGGGUGGUGCCUGCCGUUCCCCGGCGCUGACAGCUCCGUAGUGUACCGCACGCAGCGCCAGCUGUACGAGAGUCAGCACACGCGCCCCGCGCAGAUAAAGACCUACGUCAAGUUUCCCUCGCUCCUCACCACCCUCGGCGUGGCUCUCUGCGCCACCUUCCUCUACCUCAUGUCCAAGACCAGCCUCACCCGGCAGCUCCUGCUGAGCUACUCGCACAUCUUCACCCUGGGCGCGGUGGUGAAGGACCAGGGCCCGAGCGAGGAGGUGACCAACAAAACCACCUUCAAGUUCGAGCUGUAUGGCGAGGGUUGGGAGGCGGGUGAUGAUGUGAACGCUACUCUCCCCAAUAAGAAGGUCAAAGUUCAGGUGUCGGGAGUGAACCCCGGCUACGGCGCCACCGUGGUCGCGCUGCUGUGGGCCGCGCUCACCAUCCUGCGGGAGACGGACAACAUGCCCAAACAAGCUGGCGUGUUGACCACAGGAGUUGCGUUCCGGAACACGAGUCUAAUACAACGCUUGUGCGAGAACAAUUUAAAAUUCGAAAUUGUUAAUAAUGAAUAAAUGAACCUAUAAAAAAUAAAA